AUGUCGUUCUUCAUCGAGAACCCCAAUGUGGGUAACCACAGUCAUCUGGAAGACUCUCGCAUUGUCGGCUACAACCCUCUCACCCCGCCCAACCUCCUUCAGCAUGAGAUCGCAUUGACCGAGAAGUCGCGGGAGACUGUGCUGCAGGGUCGUGAUGAGGCUGUCGCGAUCGUGCAUGGCACCGACAAGGAGAAGCAGCGUCUGCUGGUGGUGAUCGGCCCUUGCUCCAUCCACGACCCCGAUAUGGCCUUGGAAUACUGCGAUCGUCUGCUCAAGCUGAAGGAGAAGUAUGCCGACGACCUGCUGAUCGUCAUGCGCUCGUACCUGGAGAAGCCACGUACCACUGUUGGUUGGAAGGGACUGAUCAACGACCCCGAUAUCGAUAACAGCUUCAAGAUCAACAAGGGUUUGCGCACCUCCCGCCAGCUCUUCGUUGACCUGACCAACAAGGGAAUGCCCAUCGCGAGUGAGAUGCUUGAUACUAUCUCCCCGCAGUUCCUCGCCGAUUGCCUGUCCGUCGGCGCCGUCGGCGCCCGUACCACCGAGUCCCAGGUCCACCGUGAGCUGUCCUCUGGUCUGUCUUUCCCCGUCGGUUUCAAGAACGGUACCGACGGCUCGCUCGAUGUCGCUGUGGAUGCCAUUGGCUCCGUCAAGUCUCCCCACCAUUUCUUGUCUGUGACCAAGCCCGGUGUCGUCUCCAUCGUGGGCACUGUCGGAAACCCCGACUGUUUCGUCAUUCUGCGCGGUGGCAAGAGGGGCCCCAACUACGAUGCCGCCAGCAUCAAGGAAGCCAAAAGCAAGCUGGAGGCCAAGGGCAUGCGGGCUCGCCUGAUGGUGGACUGCAGCCACGGCAACUCCGAGAAGAACCACAAGAACCAGCCCAAGGUUGCUGCUGUUCUCGGCGAGCAAAUCGCGGCCGGCGAGACUGCUAUUAUGGGCGUCAUGAUCGAGAGCAACAUCAACGAAGGUAACCAGAAGGUUCCCCCCGAGGGCAAGGCCGGUCUCAAGUACGGUGUCAGUAUCACCGAUGCCUGCAUUGGCUGGGAAGACACUGAGUCGACACUUGAGACUCUCGCCCAGGCAGUACGCGCCCGGAGGCAGAAAUUGAAUGGCACCAACUAA